ACACGGUGAGGUGCCACGCCCCUCCUCCCUUCCCAACAAUCCCACCAAAGCAAAUCCAGGACGGCGCAGGGAUCUCUUGUUGUGCCUGUGUGCUGAGGCUGGGACUGUCACUCAUUCUCUGAUCAGCUCAUGAAAGCAGCUAGAUAGCAGCUGGACAAAAUAAUAUAUAUAUAUAUAUUAAAAUAUUACACCGUUCUGGGGGGAUUUUUUCCCACGUCUCCCCCCACCCUUCUUCGCUUUGCACCUGAAUCUCUCGUCUUAACCGGCCUAGGUUCCUAUUGAAAGAGGAAAAUAUAUAUGCAAGAAAACUUCGUCUCCAUUCAGCAGAUGACAAUGCUUCAAAGCAAGGCUCUCAUCUGGACUUUGCUAUUCAUCGGGACUGCAGUCUCUCUCCAGGUGAACAUUGCUCCAAAUAAAGUGGAGGUGCCUGUUGGAGAGUCCAAAUUCUUCUUGUGUCAAGUGACUGGAGAUGCCAAAUCCAAAGAAAUCUCCUGGUUUGCCCCCAACGGUGAGAAGCUGACAACAAACCAACAGCACAUCUCAGUGGUGCGGACAGAGGAUUCAUCUACUCUCACCAUCUACAAUGUCAACAUAGACGAUGCUGGCAUUUACAAAUGCGUUGUCUCCAGUGAGGAAGGCGAUGUAGAGGCCACUCUCAACGUGAAGAUUUUCCAGAAGCUGACUUUCAGGAAUGCUCCCAGUCCACAAGAGUUCAAAGAAGGAGAGGAUGCGGUCAUUGUGUGUGAUGUUGUCUCCUCGCUGCCUCCCGCAGUCACAUGGAAGCACACGGGCAGAGAUGUUGUUCUUAAAAAAGAUGUGCGGUUUGUUGUGCUGCCCAACAACUACCUACAGAUCAGAGGGAUAAAGAAAACAGAUGAGGGGAUGUACCGGUGUGAAGGAAGGAUCCUGGCUCGUGGAGAGGUUGAUUUCAGAGACAUUCAUGUCAUUGUCAAUGUGCCUCCUACUGUUCGAUCCAAGCAGAGCACUGUGAAUGCCACGGCAAAUCUCAGCCAGUCAGUCAAACUAGUGUGUGAUGCAGACGGCUUUCCAGAGCCAACCAUCAGUUGGACCAAGGAUGGGGAAUCAAUAGAAAGAGGUGAGGAUGAUGAAAAGUACGGCUUCAGUUACGAUGGCUCAGAGCUGACUAUUCGCAAGGUGGAGAAGAACGACGAGGCAGAGUAUCUCUGCAUCGCUGAGAAUAAAGCUGGUGAGCAUGAUGCCACCAUACACCUCAAAGUCUUCGCAAAACCCAAAAUCACCUACGUGGAGAACAAAACUGCUAUGGAACUGGAAGACCAGAUCACUCUGACCUGUGAAGCUUCUGGGGACCCCAUCCCUUCCAUCACGUGGAGGACCUCUACACGGAACAUCAGUAAUGAAGAGAAGGCUUCAUGGACCCGGCCCGAGAAACAAGAGACCCUGGAUGGGCGCAUUGUGGUGCGCAGCCAUGCGCGGGUAUCUUCUCUGACGCUGAAAGACAUUCAGUACACGGAUGCUGGGGAGUACAUCUGCAUAGCCAGCAACACCAUAGGGCAAGAUUCCCAAGCCAUGCACCUGGAAGUCCAAUAUGCCCCGAAGCUACAGGGCCCUGUUGCCGUUUACACUUGGGAAGGCAACCAGGUGAACAUCACGUGUGAGGUGUUUGCCUACCCAAGCGCUGUCAUCUCCUGGUUCCGGGAUGGGCAGCUGCUGCCAAGCUCCAACUAUAGCAACAUUAGGAUCUACAACACUCCAACUGCCAGUUACCUGGAGGUGACACCAGACUCAGAAAAUGAUUUUGGGAACUACAACUGCACAGCAGUCAACCGGAUUGGUCAGGAGUCCUCAGAGUUCAUCCUUGUACAAGCAGAUACACCAUCUGCACCUUCCAUUGAGAGAGUGGAACCCUACUCAAGCACAGCCCAAGUGGAAUUUGAUGAACCUGAGGCUACCGGCGGAGUUCCCAUCCUCCGGUACAAGGCAGAGUGGAGAGCGCGGGGAGAGGAAGACUGGCACUCCAGGAUGUACGAUGCUAAGGAAGCCAACACGGAGGGUGUGUUCACUGUGAUGGGCUUGAAGCCAGAAACAAGGUAUGCCAUCCGUCUGACUGCCAUCAAUGGCAAAGGCGCAGGCGAAAUCAGUUCUCCCUCCGAGUUCAAGACACAGCCAGUUCGUGAGCCCAGCGCACCCAAGCUGGAAGGCCAGAUGGGAGAAGAUGGAAACUCCUUUAAAGUGAAUCUCAUCAAGCAAGAUGAUGGAGGCUCCCCCAUUCGGCACUAUCUCAUCAAAUACAGAGUUAAGCAUUCCGCUGAAUGGAAACCUGAGAUGCGUCUUCCUUCAAGCAGCGACCAUGUCAUACUCAAGGCUCUGGACUGGAACGCUGAAUACGAGGUCUUCGUGAUUGCGGAGAACCAGCAAGGGAAAUCCAAGCCUGCGCAUUAUGCCUUCAGGACUUCAGCGCAGCCGACCAUCAUCCCAGCGAGCACAAGCCCUACUGCAGGACUGGGCACUGCUGCCAUUGUGGGCAUCCUCAUUGUGGUCUUUGUCCUCCUGCUGGUGGCUGUGGACAUCACCUGCUACUUCUUGAACAAGUGUGGCCUCCUGAUGUGCAUCGCAGUCAACCUCUGUGGCAAGUCCGGUCCUGGGGCAAAAGGCAAGGACAUGGAAGAGGGCAAGGCAGCCUUCUCUAAAGAUGAAUCAAAAGAGCCCAUUGUGGAAGUGCGAACAGAGGAGGAACGGACCCCGAACCAUGAUGGAGGGAAACACACAGAACCUAAUGAAACCACGCCACUAACAGAGCCAGAGCACCCUGCCGACACCACGGCAGCCACCGAGGAUAUGAUGCCGUCUGUCACCACAGGCACCACUAACUCUGACACUAUCACUGAAACCUUUGCCACCGCUCAGAAUAGCCCCACCAGUGAGACUACCACCCUCACCUCCAGCAUCACUCUGCCGGCCACGCCCAUGCCCGACUCCAAUUCCGUGGCUCCCAGUCAGGGGACGCCUUCGAAAGCGGCCUCGGCAUCUUCGCCCCCACCCACCUCCACACCUAAAGUGGCUCCCCUGGUUGACCUCAGUGACACGCCUACUUCCACCCCGGCCACUGGCAACUUGUCGUCCGGCGUCCUAACCAACCAAGGGGCAGUGCUGAGCCCUAGCUCUACCACAAAGGCACCCGAGGCUCCCAAAGGCCCUGCUGCUGCCAGCAAAUCCCCUGCCCCACAGCCCCCAAACCCCGCUAGCUCUCCAGCCUCUUCAGAGCCAAAGCAGGAGGCCUCCGGCGCCAAAAGUCCAGAAAAGGAAGCCACGCAGCCCAGCGCGGCGAAGACUCCAACAGAGGUGGCCAAGAAUGCAGUGAAUCAGAAAGGCGAGGCUGCCACGGGGGGCACCACAAAUGCUACUCAGAAUGAGGACUUCAAAAUGGACGAAGGGAACUUCAAGACCCCAGACAUUGAUCUUGCCAAGGAUGUUUUUGCCGCCUUGGGCACGGCGGCUCCUGCCACUGCACCUGCAGGCCAAGCAGCUUCCUCCGGCCCGGAGAGUUCUGCAUCGGCAGCACCUGCAAAGACAGAGAAAACCCCCGUAGAUGAAAAGGCUGCAAUUCAAGCCACAGAAGCCAAGACAGCCCCCGCAGCAGAAGUCAAGACGGUACCCAAUGAAGCCACACAAACAAAUGAAAAUGAAAGCAAAGCAUGAUGGGCAACUGAGCCGAAACAAAACAAAACAAAAAUUUUAAAAAAAUUGACAGAACAAACAACUUCACCUGAGCAUUUAAAACACACAACACACAUCUCAUCCCUCUAAUGUCUUUGCCUUUUUUAAAAAGAAAACAGACAAAAAAAAUGCAUACAAUGGGGGAAAUGUGGUGGGGUUUUUUUUUUUUAGGUUUGUAGGAAGAAUUUUAUUUUAUGUGCACUUGCUUUUAAGAAACAAAAUGUUUUACUUCUUCGUCUUCAACAAGGAUAAGCCCAUAACCCCACUAGGAUACCAGGGCCCUUGCGAAAUAUCCAUGCAGAGUUAACGAAACAAAAAACCCAACUGCAGCAUGUUUAGGAGAUUCAGAACAAAAUUAGGAAGCCAGGCUUGGCUCUGCCAGGCUGAGCAGACUGGGAUGGCCAGUCGCAGAUCGUUUAUUUUUAUACUUUUCAGCCGAGUUGAGAAAAACCUGUAAACUCUUUGAAGUAAGUUAUCUCCUCCCCGUUUUAUUUUUUUAUUUUGUUCACUUUGAAUUCGUCCUGUACGCAAAGUGUGUUUGCCCUUCCAGACUGAAUUCUGUUCUCCUUUCUAAAGGGGCAAUCCCCCAUCAGCGUCUGUUGCGCAGAGCCCCCUGGAAUGAACGGGAAGUGUGCAGGGUACCUGUGGAUGUUCAUUUAAAUGGGGCUUGCGUGGAAGACGUUUUGGGCCGAUUGCGGCCCUUUUUGGUACAGGUGAUAAUUCCAACAUGUUUCGUUUUAGGAAGAAUGCCUUUGGGCAGUUUUGGAGUUUAUAUUUCAAAGUGCAGUAUUCCUUGUUUUGUUUUUUUAAUUUGGUUUUGCCAACUUUAUUUUCUUCCAGUGUUUACAGUCGACAAAACGUUUUUUAAAACUUUUGUUGUGUUUAAAUGUCUAUGUAAAAUAGCUGCCUUUUUUUAAAGAGAGAUUGCGAGAGAGAGAGAGAGAGACUGAGAGAGAGAGAAAGUAAAAACAGGCUAUAUAGAUAGUAGGUUGAUCAGCAUGCUUGCUUUGCAAAGGGAGACAUUUUGAAAUAAUGGAUGUUUACAGUAGGUGUUUCCCCUUUUGUCUUUUCUUUCUUUUUUUAAUUAUUAUCAUUUUUUAUUUCUUACUGGAGUAAUAAAAAUAAGCAAACCCUUACCCUUUUCUCAGACGGGCCACGUAAAGUCCAAUCAGUGUCCUGCUUCAGGGCCCUACUGAUGAGCAUGAGUUUAACUUUAAGCAUGUGAACAAAGGAGUGAAGUUCUGAAAAGCACCAGCGCAGUAUCUGCAAUUUAGGACACUGGGAAAGGUGGCUUUGUAUAGCUGGUUGGGGCGUAAGAAGUGUAAGUCAGUCCAUCUUAAAGAAUGAAUAUCUUGUGCUGCAAACCUGAGUCUCGAAAAAUGCUUCCUCUCAAACGAAUAGGUGAGGAUUUGCUUUUGAUGGAAAUCAUAUUUCCAGGGUGUUUUUUAGGACCAGGAUGCUGGGCCACGAUGGUUCAGCUCCAGGCAGUUCCAAACCUCUCACUAGGAUCAAAUCUCAAGGUCAGAAUGGUUCCCCCUUUGCUUUGAUUGGCUGAGGAUUUGACAGGUCCCACCCCAAUUCCUGACCAUGGAAUAUGAGGCCUUUUAAUGUCCAAAGCUUCAAAGCAUUACACCUGUGAUCCAAAGGCUUAAAUGUGUAGUGCAAGAUUGGAGGAUCUAUUAUGCGCAAAGCUGUUCGCUUUUGAACAUGUUACCCCUUUGAGAGAAAAGUCACUGGCUUGAACUUAAGCAGUUGCUCAGUGGUGGUGCGGAGUCAGGGUCAAAACUGAAUACAGGAAGUAAGUUAUUUUUCUUAUUCUAAGGCAUUAUCUCCCCUUUCCUCUCCAGGAAUCCCCCCCCCCCAAGGUUAGUUAAGCCAAAGGGGAGGUUGUAUAGUUAAGGGCGGGUCUAAGAAGGUAAGUUUUAAAAAUUACCCACUCUCCCUCCUUAUUUAAGAUAUAUUGCUGCAGAUAUGGCUUCCUUCCAGCCUACACAAUGUUUAAAAUGUAGUGAAGCUCACCACUUAUGGGAGUUCGGCAUAAUUUCGGAGAGGAGGCAAGGUGGAGGUAAUCUACUAAGAACCAUUGCUGUGCAAUCCUGAUUCAGAAAGCCCAUUGAAAGGAAUUCAGUUUCCAUAAUCACACCCUGAUCCAAAACUUCAUAUGGCUCUGAUGCACUCAAAAAACGCCAUAAAAGAGGCGGGUAUCCCUUUCAGUUCAGCUCAAUGCAGUAGAGGGUGUGCUCUCAAGAGCUUUCAAAGAUAAUGAAAUGAGCAGGAUAGCCACUAUGGAUCCUGGUCUCUGCACAUGCAACAAAAUAUAUGGUUGGGGGCAGACUUUUAUCCAUUUUACACAAAAGUCAAAAAUGGUCUGCUGGAAAAGUAGGAAAACCCCCCCCCAAAUCCUCCAGUUGCUGAUUCUACACAGUUGUUAGGAAAUAUCCAGGGGGGUUUGUUGUUGUUUUUAAGAGAGAGAGAUAAAAUGCAUCAAAUAAUCUGAUCUGGGAGGUUUGAUCUGAUAUUUAAGUUGAUUUCUCAAGCACUUAAUGAUCUUCUUAACUUUUCUUACCCGAGUAUUCAUGUUAAACAUUAUUGCCCCAUAGCUUACAUACCACGGUAUGAAACUUGGGUUCCCCCUGUUCUAUUCAGGAUCACACCCAGAAUCUACAGAGUUCAUGCAGUGGUCUUGUGCUUAAAGUUGUGACUUCGCUGCUUUUUAAAAUAAAUAAAUGUACAAACAGGGAUGUGGGUAAAAGGAUGUAGAGGUGAAGGAGACCAGCCCUUUGUAUAGAACUAUCUUUUCCCCCCCCCAUUUUUUUAAAAAAAGAAUUUCAUUAGAUCUGCAAGCUUGUGCACUGUGGGUGCGUGAAUAUCUUAGUGUGAAAUGUGUUUUUUGUCAUAGUAUCAAAAAAAUUUAAAAUUGGAAAGAAAGAAAAAACCUUCCACAUCGUUUGGGUCUGGAAGGUGUAGCGGGAAUAGUUCGGGGUGAUCGAGAAAAAUUCCAAAUGAUGAAACCCCAAUUUCAGGAUACAUAAAACGAAGAGAAUACAACUGUUCUGGACUGAAAAAAAGUAGCCUUGAAAUCAAGAUUUCUACGACUUGCUUCGCUCCAGAUAUUUUUGGGCUACAACUCCCAUCAUCCUUGUCGGGGGCUGAUGGGAAUAAUGAGCUCUAAACUUCCGGAGGCCACCAGGCUUGGAAAGGUUGCUUUAAAUACAUACAUAUAUAUAUAUCUAUAUAUAAAAACCUGCAAAAUUGAAUGUGAUCUAUAGCAUCCCUUUGCGCUAAUGUCAAUUGGGGGGGGCAAAGGAAGGGAGGGAGGAGGUGGCAGUGGGGGGAGACUGCAGUCCGGCCUAAGCAAAAUGAAGCCACGCCUUUCGAUAUAAUAAUCUCAUGUGCGCAGUCCGUCAAUGUGGCAUCUCUCAGUUAUCAUUCCCAACUGUGAAAAACCAAGAGUCUUUGUCAUUUUGCUAAAUGUGGGGGGCAGGGUGGGGGCUGCUUUCUUGUUGUUUUUUUUUGUUUUUUUCUCUUCAGCUCAUGGGGGUGGAAAUGGAGGCUGCCUUUGUAUUGAUGCGCUCGCACCCAGCACCUGUGAGGAGCAGGUGGUGUCCGACCCUCUAUUAUGUGCCUGGGUGGGGGACUUGUUUAUGAAGGUGUAAAGUGAGGAGGGGAACUCUAGCCCAGGGGUCCCCAGACUUACCGGCGUUUGGGCCGGUUCCCACCGCGCCGAUCGUGCGGCGGGCCGGAGGACAGGGGAGCGCGCGCCUGUGCGGGCCGGCGGGCGGGGGAGUGCGUGCCCGUGCGCAUGCGCACGGGCACUUACUGGCGCGCCGGCGCGCUUCCAGGGUGGAAAAAGCGC